CGGUAUUCAUAAACAUUCUUAGAGUGCUAAAGAGGUCUUAAGUCUGAGAAAAUUCUUAGAAAAACCAAAAGUUACUAUUAAAUCUAAGAAUUUUCUUAAGUCAUAUUCAUAAAAACUUUUAGCACUAAGAGUACUCCUAAAGUUAAGAGUACUCAAGAGGGCUUUUAGCUACCUAAGAAUUUUCUUAAGUAUCCAAUAUGGCGGCAGCUGGGGCACCCCAGCCGCAUCAGCUGAGAACUUUCAGGCCAAGGAAAAACAUUUUCAGUGUGUAUUCAGACACGGAACUUAUCCAGCGGUUUCGUCUUGACUGUGCAGGUAUAUUAUUUGUCACAAAUUUAAUCAGGGAUAGGCUUACCUCCCCUACACAAAGAAACAAUGCUAUCACCCCGGAGAUGAAAAUAGCUGUCAUGCUGCGUUAUCUUGCAACUGGGAAAAUGCAACUGUGUAACGCCGAUGAUCUUGGGUUAAGUCAGCCAUCCAUAAGCCGUAUUGUCAGUGAAACAAUUGAUGCAUUGUCAACACCGGCUAUUGUCCGACAAUUUGUCAAAUUACCUGUACAACGAACAGACAUCCAACGUAAUCAAGCAGCGUUCAUGGCAAUUGCUGGCUUUCCUGGCGUAUUUGGUGUAAUUGACGGCACCCAUGUCCGCAUAAUUGCCCCGAGUGUCGAUGAGCCGGAGUACGUUUGUAGGAAACAUUUCCACAGCAUUAAUGUGCAAAUAGUAUUUGAUGCUCACUACAACAUACUUGACAUCGUUGCCAAGUGGCCAGGAUCUACGCACGAUGCAAGAAUUUUAAAUGAGAGCGGUGUCCGAACCGCAUUCGAACAACAUUUCGUCCCUCAAGGCUGCCAUUUGCUCGGAGACAGCGGCUAUCCGUCUCGAAGAUGGCUGUUAACACCUUACCUUAGACCCCAACCCGGUCCACAAACUAGAUACAACAGAGCUCACAAACGCACCAGGUGUGUGGUCGAAAGGGGUAUAGGACAACUGAAAAGAAGGUUUCAUGUCCUACACAGCGAGGUCAGACUCAACCCAGUGAAGGUUUGCAAGGUGGUAAUUGUGUGUGCCAUCUUACACAAUAUAUGCAAACAGAGGAACAUCCUUUUGCCAGGUGGUGCUGGUGAUGAUGACAGAAACAGUGAUGAUGAUGAUGAUGAUGAUGAUGAUGAUAAUAACAAUCCUCCCAACCACUUGCCACAGGCUAUGGGAGAUGGUCGUUUGUUCAGGGAGAACUUCGCUAACAUUCACUUUCAAACAGGUUAGAGUUGGAGGCAUGUUAUAGGAGGCAUGUUUAGCAGAGUUCAUGAACAUCGCACGUUUUUCAGGCUCCUGACACCAUAUGUGCGACCUCAACUCUCUAUGUCACUCUACAACAGGUAUGAUGUUUCCCUUGUGAACACUGAUGAAUAGAUGAAAUUGCCCUAAACAAUCAUUAUGAUGAAAUACCAUUGAUCAAAACAGUAUUUUACCUACCAGAUUACCAGUUGGGAGCUUUGACGAAUACUCCCACAUCUUUAGCCAAGCCUAAAAUGGCCACGGUCCUCAACAUCCCCUUUAAAUUUUGAUGGUUAGAGUAAUUUCCCUUUUUCUCUGUUUCUACUAAAAUCAUACAGGACAUUCCUCGAAAUAAGAUCCAAAAUCAUUUGUGUGUGAGGUUUAAGUAAAAUAAAAACAACAACUGGAAUGAUGAUGAUAUUUGUGUUAUUUAACAAUAAAAUAUUACCAAGUAAAUGUACAAGAUGAUAGUUGCAUUUGAGUGGAAAACAAAAACUUUGCAUUGUAUUUGCUUUGACAUGUGUUAUAUUUAUAUUUGUAAAGAAAUUCACAAAAUAAUCACACGACACAGAUUGUUCUCCUACAAUUUUCAGCUUUAUCUUCAUAAAAUCUUCAGAAUAUUCUCCGGAAGAUAAUGCUAAAACAUGUUGGAGAACAAUGCAUGUCAUAUGAUUAUUGUGUGAAUUCUUUACAUAUGUGCGACUGUACACUAGUGAAUCUCACCACUUUGUAGUAGUAUCUGGAAAAUUAUUCAUGACA